AUGAUCUUUUGCAUCAUAACAAUAAAUAAACAAUUUAGAUCUCUUACGAAAUAUUGUAAUAAUUGUUAAAGAUUUAUUAAGAAGCAAAAAUAAUUGCCCACAAUCUAACAUAAGUAUAAUCUAUUCUAAGAAGGAAGUAUUACAAGAAUAAACUUAAUUAUAUAAUAGAUUUAAGGUUCCUCUAAUUUUUAAAAAUUUGAUUUGCAAUUCAGAUGUAAUUAUUUAAUCAUAAAUAAGUGAUAAUCAAUUUUUUAAAUCAAUAGAAUCAAAGAAGAGGAAGAAUUUCAGAUUCCAUAAUGAAUUUUAGAUGUAAAAUGCGAAAUUGA